UCCAUCGUCCCCGCCGACAUUCUACCUAGUCGCUAUAGACGCCCAAAAUAUUCGAGACCUACCUAAAAAAAAAGAAAAGAAAAGAAAUCCGAGAUAUCAACGUAUUGAUAUAAAGACCUAACAACCAACCGGAAUUGGAAAAAUGCGGCCUCCGGCUCCUUCUCUCGAUGUCAUAGCUGCUCGUAAUUCUGCUGCCGCUGCCGCCGCCGCUGCUGCUAAUUCUACCACUGCCACCGCUACAGCCGCCAGCGCUCCUUUGGGCUCCAAUAUGAACACGACGAACCAGGCGGACGAUGCGAGGGAUUCGCGAUCGUCUUCUUCGACGAACUCUCCGGUUCCUGCGGACAAUGAAGAAUCUGAUUUCUUUCAUGUAGCAAAUGAUUCGCAAUCUUCUUUAGGAGUGGUACCCAACUUGCAAGAUAUGCAAGUGACCGACCAAGAAUGUCUCCCAACUGUUGCUGCUCUUCCCAGCGAGAUCCUCAUUAGCAUAUUUUCUCGAAUCAAUAGCCCGAGCGAGCUUUUGAAUUGCAUGUUGACUUGUAAGAGAUGGGCCCGCAACGUCGUCGAGAUCCUUUGGCAUCGUCCCACCUGCACCUCAUGGCAGAAACACAAGUCCAUCUGCGCUACCUUAGGAAUGGAGAGACCUUAUUUUACAUACACCGACUUUGUUAAACGCCUUAACUUGGCCACCUUAGCUGACAAGGUCAAUGAUGGCAGCGUCAUGCCGCUUGCCGUCUGCACCCGCGUCGAGCGCCUUACAUUGACCAAUUGUCAGGGCUUAACUGAUUUGGGGCUGAUACCCCUUGUCAGGAGCAACAAACAUUUGUUGGCGCUAGACAUCUCCGGCGAUGUCAACGUUACCGAGAAGUCCAUCAUCGCCAUUGCUGAGAGUUGUCACAGGCUCCAGGGUCUUAACGUGUCGAAUUGUAAGCAGAUCUCUAACGAGAGUCUGAUCCAACUUGCUGAGAGUUGCCGAUACAUCAAGCGACUCAAACUAAACGAUUGCGAUCAACUGAAUGAUGCCGCCGUCAUCGCUUUUGCUAAUAACUGUCCUAACAUUCUCGAGAUCGACCUCCACCAAUGUGUGAACAUCGCCAACGAGCCCGUCACCGCCCUUCUAUCCAAAGGCCACUCGCUCCGAGAAUUUCGGCUUGUAAACUGCGACCUCAUUGACGAUGGCGCAUUCCUAUCACUACCUUCCAAUCGAAUCUAUGAACACCUCCGAAUCCUUGACCUUACCUCCUGUACCCGACUCACAGAUCGCGCCGUUGAGCGCAUCAUCGACGUGGCCCCACGAUUAAGGAACUUGAUCCUGGCCAAGUGCAGCAACAUCACUGAUGCUGCUGUCUAUGCCAUAUCUCGCCUGGGCAAGAAUUUACAUUUUAUCCAUCUAGGCCAUUGCAGACAUAUCACAGAUGAUGCGGUCAAACGCUUGGUGCAGUCCUGCAAUCGUAUUCGUUAUGUCGACCUCGGCUGUUGCAUACACCUUACGGACGAGUCCGUUAUACAAUUAGCAAGGCUCCCGAAACUAAAACGAAUUGGGCUGGUGAAGUGUAGUAGCAUCACGGACGAGAGCAUGUAUGCGCUAGCUGGUGCGAACCGCCCAUCCCAAUCCAGGCGUAACACGACUGGUACCACUGCUCGAAGACACGAGUAUCACACAGGUAGCUUGGAGCGAGUUCAUCUUAGCUACUGUACCAACUUGACUCUCCCGAGUAUCAUCAAAUUGCUUAAUUGCUGCCCGAAACUUACACACCUGAGCUUAACUGGUGUACCCGCGUUCCUCCGCGAUGACUUAGAGGGUUUCUGUCGUGAAGCCCCUCCAGAUUUCACCGAGCACCAGCGUGCCGUAUUCUGUGUCUUCUCUGGUCAGGGUGUCACAGGUCUUCGGAACUUCCUCAACACCCACCCCGAUUUUGCCGAGUACCAUCUACACCAGCCGAGUCUCUUCGCCCACCGAAGGUCGGUCCAAAUUAACCAAGACGGAGGUCAGGGCCAGGCUGUAGGAGUUCCUACUGCACCAGCACCCGACAUGGAUGGAUUUGACGAUGCCGAUGGGGUUGAGGAUGAUGAUAUGGGUGACGGUAGUGAGAUCGCUCUCGAAACCGAGAACCCUACCACGAACGGAGUCAAUACUGUAAUCCCUCCACCGCCGCCGCCUCCGCCGCAUCAUCCUAGCAUGCCCUUUCAACUAGCACGCACACUCCCUCCGUUUCCGUCGCACUUAGAUGCGUCUGCUGCUGGAGAGGCUCAUCACGCGAACCGAAAUCGAAGUAACAACAAUGCGGAAGUUGCUGAGGAGAGCACACCAGGUCCGAGCACGGCCGGUCAAGGCCUUUUCACGCACCAGGAAAAUUCGGGACCCAGUACGGCUCCUAUGCAAGGACAUGCUGAGGAGGAGGAUGAAGGUAGGCAAUCAUAGGUUAUGAUUUGCUGCCCCUCAUCAUCUUCGGAUGAACCGAAAGUAUACCCCGUUUAUUCCACAUGCUCAACACUCUAGGCUUGCAGAAGUGCCGCUUAAAACCGCUGUGUCUUGGAGAUAGAACAUAUUACACUGUUCGGACCAUACCAAUUUACCUACCUAUGCUUGGUGGUUAUAUGUGUGGGUACCAAGUUCACCUGGCACUCUAUUCACCUCUAUCCUCGUACGUGUAUUCUGUUCCUG